UCGCCUUGCCGAUGCGCCGACGCCACUGCCGCCGCAACGGCACUACGGCAGUCGCCCGUCAGCAGUCGAACGAGUAUCACGUGCGUGCGUUGUUCACCGCGCGUCCGCAGCUCGUCGCGAGUUGUGUACGUUAUUACGUCCUCAUUGGCCGCGGGUUCUAACGUUCGUUAUUAUUAUUUACUUAUUACAUCUAAAAGGAGUGUUCGUUUCUUUUUCCGUUCAAGACUUUUGACGAAGUCUUUUUACUGUUGUAACAGUUAAAUUUUUUGUUUUUUUUUUUUUUUAACUUUCCAUUUGGUUAUUGUAAUCAGUGCGCGCAUCAGUUACCUUCUUCAUGGGACUGGUCAAAAAAAUGGAAUGGCUAAAGUGGAUACGAAAAUAUUCUACAGGUAUCCUGGACUCGAAAACUGGUAGCAUGGAAACGUUAAUUGAUUCGGCCAGUUCGAAAACCAUCAAUUACGCUUAUACCUCCUCGGUAAUUGCUGACGAUGAAUUAAUUAACGCCGCCGCACCCCCACACCAGCGUCCGAUGUUGCCGCCGCCACCACCUACUUCACAAACUUCGCCAUCGCCCCCACAGCAACUUAGUGACCAGGUAUACGACUGCUGCGUGUCGCUGGACGGAAUACCUAUCAAACACGAGUUUCAGUACACCUUUUCCGACACCGAUGGUCAUGGGAAAAUCACCAAACACGAUGUCGAAGGAUUGGCUAGAAAAAUACUCGAGUCUAUGUACGGUACGACGUCGAAAUUCUCGUCGCGUGGCCAGCGAUCCGUCAAAGUGACGCUUAAUAUCAGACAAUCGAUGGCGGUAGUCGUGGACAGCACAACGACUGGUACGCCGUACCGAGGCCACCAAAGCAGCCGCGAGCGUAAAACCAAAUCUUCGGCGGACAGACAUCGUAACAAGAUAGACGCCGCCGAAUCCGGGGUGUUCGACGAUGCGACACUGUUGGAGCAAUCGGGCUAUCCUUUGGUUUACGACGGUGUCAAAGGAUCCUGGUUGCCGCAUCACAGGAGCUCCAAGCUGGGUGCACAACGAUACAGGCGCGAACAACUGAUUGAAAUGGUACAAAGAAGUUUGGCGGAAAACUUGAGUUUUCAAAAUCAAAGAAAAUCCAACAAGCCGGAAGUCGUUUACCAUAGGCCGCGGACGAAGCGUCGCCAGACUGCCGGAGCCCUUCCGGCCAAGGUGGCGUGGAGCCCUUACGACUUUGAACCGGUUGCGCACAUCCCUUCGCACCAACACCACCACCGCCUCCAGCAGCAACAGCACCAUCACCGACAGUACGAGCACCUCAAGAACGUCAGAAGCCAGCAGCAGCAGUUGUACAGUAACGGUGCGACGACCGAGGAGUACGCAGUCAAGUAUUCGUCGGGUCACUCCCGACAUCACCGAGGAGCCACCGCGGUAGUCAGCGGCAGCAACCCGCAACAGUCAAAGGACUCUGCCGCGGCGGCCACCGCCACCACUGCAGCCACAACUGCCGCUCAGGAGCAGACCAAAAACAUCGAUCAUCAGCGGUACAAACGCGCCAAAUUGGCGUCCAAGAAGAUCCAUCAUCACAUACACGAACACCAUCAUUAUCAUCACUACGACUAUUACAUCGUUUAGGUGUAAGAGAAAGAGAGAGUGAGAGAGAUAACAACAAACAGAACUGUUUAAUUCCUUUUUGUCUUGUGUAUUGUCACAACAAUUAUUAUAUAAUAUUAUUCGGUAUUUUAAACACUAACCUACAUAAUGUGUGCACUGUGCACACAUUGUGUUUGUGUUUUUUACGAGCAUGUUUGCGCUGCAGUGGACAGUGGCGACACCGACAGAAACCUUUUUUUCUUGCAUCACUCUAUAUGGCUGAUUCCUUUUUUCCCUGUCCAAUCAUCAUCAAAUCACGUCGAAACAAUACAAACAUAUCCAUUAAAACCAUUCACGUUCGGUUGUACGCCCUGCUCGUCUGCGUGUAUGUAUUAUAUACACGCACAGUGCCAACUAUAAUUUAUUAUUAUUAUUAUUAUCAUUAUUAUUAUUAUAUUAUUAUUUUUAUUAUAUUUUUUUUUUUUUUUUUUUAUUAACGCAUUUGUUUGAUAUGCGCCUAUAUAAGGAUUUUGAUUAUGAUAUGUGUGUGUAAUUGAGUUUGAUUUUUGUGAGUAUGUGUAUCAUUCAAAAUGUACGUUUGGUGAUCUAUACGAACACGGUUUUUUUACCGUUAGCAUUUUACUAAUUCCCCCCCCCCCUAAAAACAAACCCAACAUCACGCGAUCAAACUUCGAGCCACACAUGCAUAAUUAUCUGAAGUAUUUGUGAAUGUGUUUAACAGCCCAAGUUCCUCUUUUUGUAUGUGUACUAUUUUUAUUGUAUUUUUUUUUUUUCGUAAGAUUUAAGUUUUUAAACGACAUUGAUUGUAAGAACGUCAAAUUAAUAUUAUGCGAACAAAGACUAAACAUUUCUAUUCACAUACCGUAGUACAAUACCCGCCGUCGCUGCAACACCUGCCGCAGUGCUGCAGUUUUUUUAUUUUAUUUUUUAAAACUAUUAACGUCUAACGAUUAUAAUAUUAUUAAUUGUGUACAGAUAUACUAUAGUAUGAUAUUGUUCUCUGGCUGUGUGUUCGCUGGAAUUUUAUAUUGCUAAUAUACGAAUUGUAAAAAUAAAACAUACGAAAUUUCAAUUUGACUUGUGUAAAUUACAACUAUCACUUAUAUUAAAGUGUUCACUGUUCAACCAUAAUAUUAUACUAUAAAAUAAAACCUGACAAAUAAGAAUAUGUUA